GACCGAACCGGCUAAAUGGUUCGAGCAGCCUAUAAAGAAAGAAAAAAACUCCCAAGUGAUGGAGAGCCAGUCGGUGCAGAGAUGGAGUUAGUCAGAGCCGAGUGCGGGAUGAGGGCGCUGUCUCUGCUGCUCGCCGCCAUGGCUGCCCUCCUCCUGGGCUUGGACUCAGAGACCGAGACUGUGAUCUUCAUCUCCAAAAAAGCCACCGUCAAGGAUCUAACUGCCCUUUGGGUGAUGACCAUCGCCGCUUCCGUGACGUCCGGCUACCAUCUCCUCCAGCUCUGCAGGUGCGUGGCCUCCGCCGCGCUCGGCCGCCAGAGCUCAGGCCCGCAGAACAAGCUCGCCGCCUUGUGGCUCCAGUUCUUGCUGGACCAGGGAGUCGCCUAUGCGAUCUUCGUCGCGACCAUGGCGGGGCUCCAGGGGUCGCUGGUGGCGUUGCUGGGAGUGCACAAGCUGCAGUGGGUGAAGCUGUGCAACAUCUACGGCAGGUUUUGCAAGCAGAUCGGCGGGGGCAUACUUUGCGGUGCGGCGGCGGCCCUCGCCAUGGCGGUCGUCGCCGCCAUCUCCGCCCACCGCCUCUUUCGACUCCGCUAUGCCUCCUCGACCUCAAAUUAAGCGAUGAAGAAGAUGAUGACGAGAAAGUUACUCUGUUUAGAACAACAAAGGAACUAUCCUUUAGUUUGUCCUGUCCUUGAGCUAGUCUAAUAUGUGCAUGUCCUUUUCUCCGUUAAAUAUUCUUAAGUGAUUGCACGAUCCUUUUUUUUAA